GCGUUGAUGACCACAUCGACGAUCGCGAGCAGUGAUCACGGAGUGGUCGCUAAAAUCAAGAGAGUUCUUAUGGAAAGGGAUACAUAUCCACGAAAGUGGGGAUUGGGACCAACGGCAACUCUGAAGAAGAAGUUAAUGAAAGACGGAUUACUAACAGAUAAAGGAAAACCUAACGAUAAAACACCCAAAGACUGGUACCUCAAAUAUCACGACACUUCACAUGCAAAUGAAACCGAUGCCAACCCUACCAUCUCUUCGCCGAACGGAACUAAAGGCAAAACUGAAGCCAUUGAAGAAGAAGGCGAAGAAGAAGAAGACGUCCAAAAGGUAUCCGAGAAGAAGAAGAAAAAGAAGAAGAAGAAGAAAGAAGACAAUUCUGAUUCAGAAUAAGCAUUGUUUAAGAC